AUGGCUGCUGUGGAAUCUGGACUCCUGAAGGUACAGCAAGAACCAUCCGGGGCUCUCCGGAUCGGCGUCGAGAACAACGGGGCCGAAAUUGUCCCCAGAGAUGAGCUAAGGCUAUCCUCGUCCGAGUGUCGCGUCUCCAUCAAAGAGAUGCUCGCGCAACUUGGCCGGGAGGACCAGGACUACGUACAGAGCCCAUGGCUGUGUGAUGAGGAAAAGGCCUCUAUUUGCCGGAUCCCGCAAUAUCUCAAGGAUGACGAGGACAAGGGCUAUGAUCCCCAGAUCGUCUCCCUCGGGCCGUACCACCAUGGUAAAGAGCACCUCCGCCCUAUGGAGCAGCACAAGUUGCGCUGCCUCCACCACAUCCUCACACGCUUUAAUCACGGGAUAGAUUUAUAUUUAGACUCGGUGAAGGGGUUCGAGAAGAGAGCUCGCACCUGCUAUGAGGAAACGAUAUCCAUGAGCAGCAACGAGUUUGUGGAGAUGAUGGUGCUUGACGGGUGCUUUGUGAUUGAGCUGCUCUUGGGAGUCGACACGGGGUUCCAGGGAUUUGGCUACCAUGACAAUGACCCCAUCUUCUCAGUGGGGCCAUCCAUACUCAAGACCAAGAUCCGGCGAGACAUGAUAAUGCUCGAGAACCAGAUUCCGCUCUUCAUUCUUGACCGGCUGCUCAGCCUCCAGCUUGGUGAACCCGACCAGGAGAAGCACGUGGUCGAGCUGGCGCUCCAGUUCUUCUCCCCCUUGACCCCGAUCUGGGCCUUCAUGGUGGAGACCGAAUGCCCAUCCGACCCCCGCAGGCUCCAUUGCCUUGGAGCGUACUGGUCGAACACCCUGCCCUCGUCCGCAAAGCAGGGGGGGACCAAGAUGCGAGAGGAGAUCAUGUGGCGAAUGAGGAUCACGAGGUGGUCGCAGAGACAGAACAAGCUCAAUUUCUGCGUGACCAAGCUCCGGGAAGCUGGGAUCGUGUUCCGGAAUGUGCUUCAUGACAGAGUAGGGAACAUCGAGUUCUUGGACGGGGUCCUCUACAUCCCCAAGCUUACGAUUGAUGAAGGGACGAGGUCGCUCUUCUUCAACUUGAUAGCCUUCGAGCAGUCUCACAUCCAUUGCGGAAACCACGUCACCGCAUACGUAAUCUUCAUGCACAGCUUGAUUCACUCCCCUGAGGACGUCGACCACCUCCGUGACCGCAUGAUCCUCGAUCACUGCCUUGGGAGCAAUGCUGAGGUCGUUGACCUCUUCAACUGCCUUUGCCAGAAGUUGGCCUUCGACAUCACAGACAGUUAUCUCUUUGAUCUGCGCACAGAGGUGUCAUUGUACUGCUUACGUAGAAGGCUUCCCUUCAAAAUGGCUACAGCCGCUUUCGCACGUAAGUGGAAUUUCUGGGGAGCCGAUCUCAGGAAAAAGUACUUCAACAAUCCUUGGUCAACCAUUUCUGUGAUUGCUGCUUCCAUUUUGCUUGUGCUCACUUUCACACAGACCUUCUAUGGAGUCUAUGGCUACUACAGGCCGUCACGUCCUUGA